CCAGCUCCCCGUGUAGCGGCCGUGGGCGGUGUAUGUACAACCUGUGCAUCUGCCGCGCGCCCUAUCAGGGCACGUACUGUCAGGACUGCCCCACCUGCACUACGUCUUGCCGCCUACACAGGCGCUGUGCCCAGUGUUUGCGCCUGCCCAGAGAUGCUAUACAAGGCAGGCCGGACCAUUGUGAAAGCUGCGAAAACGACUCCCAAGUGCAGUACCUCCUGGUCUCUUCUGACGAAGACCGAGAGGGGGAGACCCGCUGUACCUUCCGUGGCCCGGACAGCUGCAUUUACCGUUACAGCUACCAGAACGGCGCGGACGGCAGUGUGACGGUGUACGUUCAGAUGCAAGCCAUCUGUCCCCAGCCUUGACCGAGCAGACGUAUGAUGACGACCUUGGUAUUUGGAAAUACAAUCGGCAUAGGAUGCGAUAGGCAAUCAGGCGCAUACCAACAAUGAUCCAAUCAGAAAUCUAGAUGAUUCAACGUUGUAGUAAAAAGAAACCAAUCAGGAAUCUUGAUUCCAAUGUGUACCAAAAAAGUAACCAAUCAAAAAUCUAGAUUCAAUGUUGUAUCAGAAAGUAACCAAUCAGAAGUCUCGAUUCAACAUUGUUCUAAAAAGUAGCCAUUCAGAAAUCUAAUUAUGAUCAGACCUAUAUAAAUAACAUUGUUUACUCGUUUCCCUUUGCCAGAAUAUUAUUACGUCACGGCUGAUUGGUUGCCAGCUGCCCUGAACUCACCUUAACAUAUUAUGUACGGUGCAGGCAUCGCUAAGCCACAGUCCUGGCCUAUAUACGGCCAGGCUCACUACUAGUUUAUAAAAUGUACUAUAAUAAUAUCUGUCACGACGCGGUGGAAUCAAGCGCUCAUCAAUUUUUAGGCAUAUAAAGUUAUUGGUACCAUCUUACAUCUUGCUUGUUUUUCAUGAAAAAAUACCCAUUCCUCUUGAAUAGAAGUCGAAAUAUUUGUGAUUGAAAAAUGUAGGGGUCGCCUGGCGUCAAAGGUAAAAUUAGUGAGAAAAAGGUCACUAAAGUUCGGUAACUUUCACGGUUUGAAUGUCCUUGGAAACUGCAAAGUUCCAUAUUUUGUAUAUGAGGAAUGUGUUUCAGAAAAAAAAUCCACAAAGAUGUGUAUUUUAAAAUGGACGAAAAGGGUUUUGAUCCACAAUGAAAAAGAAAAGCAACCCCCCAAAAAAAACAACAACAACAACAACAACAAAAAA